AUGGCCGCCAGCUCUUCCCUCGACCACCUGAGCAACCGCAUGAAGUUGGAGUGGCACUCCAAGCUCAACACUGAGAUGGUGCCCUCCAAGAACUUCCGCCGCACCUCCAUCAUCGGCACCAUCGGCCCCAAGACCAACUCCGUGGAGAAAAUCAACUCUCUCCGCACUGCCGGUCUUAACGUUGUUCGCAUGAACUUCUCCCACGGUUCCUAUGAGUACCACCAAUCUGUUAUCGACAACGCCCGUGAGGCCGCCAGGACCCAGGUCGGACGUCCUCUCGCCAUUGCUCUUGAUACCAAAGGUCCCGAGAUCCGUACCGGAAACACCCCCGAUGAUAAGGAUAUCCCUAUCAAGCAGGGCCACGAGCUCAACAUCACCACCGAUGAUCAAUAUGCCACCGCCUCCGACGACAAGAACAUGUACCUCGACUACAAGAACAUCACCAAGGUGAUCUCUCCUGGCAAGCUCAUCUAUGUUGAUGACGGUAUCCUUUCCUUCGAGGUCCUCGAAGUCGUAGACGACAAGACCAUCCGCGUCCGCUGCUUGAACAACGGCAACAUCUCCUCCCGCAAGGGUGUUAACUUGCCCGGCACUGACGUUGACCUCCCCGCCCUUUCCGAGAAGGAUAUUGCCGAUCUCAAGUUCGGUGUUAGGAACAAGGUCGACAUGGUCUUCGCUUCUUUCAUCCGCCGCGGUAGCGACAUCCGCCACAUCCGUGAGGUUCUGGGUGAGGAGGGCAAGGAGAUCCAGAUCAUUGCCAAGAUUGAGAACCAGCAGGGUGUCAACAACUUCGACGAGAUCCUCGAGGAGACUGACGGUGUCAUGGUUGCCCGUGGUGACCUUGGUAUCGAGAUCCCCGCCCCCAAGGUCUUCAUCGCCCAGAAGAUGAUGAUCGCCAAGUGUAACAUCAAGGGUAAGCCCGUCAUCUGUGCCACUCAGAUGCUCGAGUCCAUGACAUACAACCCUCGUCCCACUCGUGCCGAGGUGUCCGAUGUUGCCAACGCCGUCCUUGACGGUGCCGACUGUGUCAUGCUGUCGGGUGAGACCGCCAAGGGUAACUACCCCAACGAGGCCGUCAAGAUGAUGUCCGAGACCUGCCUGCUCGCCGAGGUCGCCAUCCCUCACUUCAACGUGUUCGAUGAGCUCCGCAACCUUGCUCCUCGCCCCACCGACACUGUCGAGUCCAUCGCCAUGGCCGCCGUUAGCGCCAGUCUGGAACUCAACGCUGGUGCCAUUGUCGUCUUGACUACCAGCGGUAAAACUGCUCGCUACCUUUCCAAGUACCGCCCCGUGUGCCCCAUUGUCAUGGUUACCCGUAACCCCGCUGCCUCCCGGUACUCUCACCUGUACCGUGGUGUCUGGCCCUUCCUCUUCCCCGAGAAGAAGCCCGACUUCAACGUCAAGGUCUGGCAGGAGGAUGUUGACCGCCGUCUCAAGUGGGGUAUCAACCACGCUCUCAAGCUCGGCAUCAUCAACAAGGGUGACAACAUCGUCUGUGUCCAGGGAUGGCGCGGCGGUAUGGGCCACACCAACACCGUCCGUGUGGUCCCUGCUGAGGAGAACCUUGGCCUGGCUGAGUAA